UGAGUGGGAAGUCUACAUUGACAGCGGCUGCCAUCUCUCGUCCGCGUGGUGUGCAGAGUGUGAAGAAAGGUCAAAACUGGCGAACUUAACGCACGCUUCAAAACUCGAUCGAAUACCCACCAAAGAAAAGUCAAAACAUAUUCUCCGGAAUUCUUCCCCCCUGGAAGCGCAUCCCGCUAUGAGCCCCGUACGCGGGUGCGCCGACGCAACCAAGAAAGCGGCAGAAGAACCGUCCCGUUUUUGGGCGUUGCUUGUUGCUCCCGUAGUGGCCAUCGAUUGACGUGAAACAAGUCGUCUCCCGCUAUAUAUACCCCCUCACACCAUGUCUCACUUCCCCAUUGGCUCUUCUGCACCAAAAUUAGAGGCAUUCCGAACCAAAAUCCCCCUCCCACAGCUUAUUCGCUGUGCCUGCUGCUGUAUGCAGGCCCGGCAACGUCUCCCUUGUCGCUCUACUCCAGAGACGAGACGACAAACAUCGUCUAUUAGCCUCUUCCCUUCUUCUCCUUUUCUCAGCCUGCACGCAACAGUGUCCGUUUUGUUCCUCUCCUUGUAACUUGGUUGCAUCAAACUAGUUAAAGAGCCGACCAUGUUCGUGCCUGACAACCCCAGCUCUGCUUCGCCGUACCGAUGCGACCACCACCAUAAUCCUCAUGGCUUCCUCACAUUCCCCUUUGUCGUCGACGUCCAAAAGCCGCUGACCACCGUGCCGCCGGUCCUACAGCCGAAGCCCCCGAAUUCCGUAACGUUGGCUCUUAUAGAAGCCAAGUCCAUUCUGAGCUUGGCCUUGCCGAUGGUCCUCACCGGCCUGCUCCUCUAUUCCCGGUCCAUGAUCUCCAUGCUGUUUCUUGGUCGCCUCGGCGACCUGCCGCUCGCCGGAGGCGCCCUCGCCAUCGGGUUCGCCAACAUCACCGGCUAUUCCGUCCUCUCGGGGCUCGCCAUGGGCAUGGAGCCCAUAUGCGGGCAGGCCUUCGGCGCGCAGCGCCACCGCCUCCUCGGCCUGGCGCUCCAUCGCACCGUCCUCCUCCUCCUCUUCGCCUCCCUCCCCAUCGCACUCCUCUGGUUCUACAUCCGCCCCAUCCUCCUCCUCCUCGGCCAAGACCCGGCGCUGGCCGCCGCCGCCAGCGCUUACCUCCACGCCUCCCUCCCCGACCUCCUCCUCCAGUCCUUCCUCCAUCCCCUUCGCAUCUACCUCCGCACCCAGUCCAUCACUCUCCCUCUCACCGCAUGCGCCGCGAUCUCCGUCGCCCUCCACCUGCCCAUCAGUUACCUCUUGGUCUCCGUCCUUCGCCUCGGCAUCGGCGGCGUGGCGCUAGCCUCUGUUUGGACCAACGUCAAUCUCGUACUCUUCCUCGUAGCUUAUAUCUAUCUCUCGGACCUCCAUCGCAGCACCGGUGGGCUUUCCUUCUCCACCGAGUGCUUCAGAGACUGGAGACCCCUCCUCAACCUGGCCGUGCCCAGCUGCGUCUCUGUGUGCUUGGAGUGGUGGUGGUACGAGAUCAUGAUCAUCCUGUGCGGCCUUCUCUUGAACCCGCAGGCCACCGUUGCCUCCAUGGGCAUUCUCAUCCAGACUACCUCUCUCAUUUACAUUUUCCCUUCCUCGCUCAGCUUCGGCGUCUCGACUCGUGUCGGCAACGAGCUCGGUGCAAACCGACCCGACCGAGCAAGAAGAGCCGCCACCGUCGGCCUGUCAUGCAGCUUCGCUCUCGGCCUCUUCGCCUUCUGCUUCUCCGUCUCGGUGCGCCACGCGUGGGCCACAAUGUUCACCACCGACUCAGCGAUCCUCGGGCUCACCUCCUCCGUGCUGCCGAUCCUCGGCCUGUGCGAGUUCGGGAACUGCCCGCAGACCACCGGGUGCGGGGUGCUGCGAGGCAGCGCCCGGCCAAGGGUCGGCGCCAACGUGAACCUGGGUUCCUUCUACGCCGUCGGGAUGCCGGUCGCCGUCGGGCUCACAUUUUUCACCGGGCUCGACUUCAAAGGGCUCUGGCUCGGGCUGCUGGCGGCGCAGACCACAUGCGUCCUGCUAAUGCUCUUAGUCAUCAAGAGGACCGAUUGGAUCACGCAGGCGGAGCGGGCGCAGCAGCUCACCGGCGCGGCCAGCGGUGCAGUCAACGACGCGUUGCCGUCGCCGCCGCAGAAGGGCAUGCCCGUGGAUCACGUCGAUGAGACUGGCAGCCUGAUUAUAAAGAUUGAGCAGCCAAGUUCGUAGCAUGAAGCGCUCAUUAUUUUUGCACUUAGUUUCAAUCCUUUGGGUUCACAGUUUUAGGACACAUACAAGCACAACAUUUUUUAUUCUAUUUUUCUGAUUCAUCUAUUUCUUUUCUUUUCCGUCUUACUAAUAGUGGGCGGUUGGCCUGUAAAAUAAUCGUAUCAGGAAGGAAAGAACAAUUUGGGUUGUGCUA